CGUUAAAAUGUUUGACGCCGUUAGUUUUAAAGUAUUUUUACAUUUUUGCCCUUGACACUUUCUUCAUCCCUUCUCUUUUUUUUCUCUCUAUCUCUGAUGUUUCUACCGAUGGAACCCACCAUUUAUUUGCAGCAAAUCCCCCAAAUUUAAUCAUCCAGAAAUUUCGUCUGUCUCCUUCAUCGAAUCUCUCUCUCUCUCUCUCUCUCUCUCCCUCUCUCCGAAUCUUCUGAGAUUCAAAUCUGCAAUGUCUCCUCGCCGGAGCUUCACAACUCCAAAGCAGCUAAGGCGGCGGCCCAGCCCCAACUAGAUCUUCCCAAAAGGACCCUAAUUUCAGACCAUCAGAUUCUCCACAACAAUACGCAUUAGCCACCACCGAGAGAACAGUAGAGAAGGCAGGCAGACGAAGUACCGAUCAACUGAGGUUACAACAAUGGUGAUUGCCGUACAUCCUAAGACCCUAAGAUACUGCACAUUCUACAUCAACGCUUCUCAUUUUCGAAGAAAUUUAUCUCUGUGGUCAAUGAAGAAAGAACCGGAUCUCGAAUCGGCACUUGCUCGAAACCGAAGAUGGAUGGUCAACAAUCAAAUCAAGAACAUAAUUCUCCGAUCCCCGAACCAAGUUGCUCCAAUCGAAUUCCUUCAGAAGAAAUUCAAAACCCUCGAUCUUAAAGGGAAGGCACUCAACUGGCUCAAGAAGUACCCUUGUUGCUUUGAAGUGUACCGCGAAAAAGACGAGCUCUUUUGCCAGCUGUCGAAAAGAAUGCAGUGUUUAGUCGAAGAGGAAGAAGCUAUAAAAGACUCGCAGGAGCCUGUUUUUGUGGAACGGUUAGCGAAGUUGCUAAUGAUGAGCAAAAACCAAAGACUAAACGUUCUUAAAAUUAACGAGUUGAAGAGGAGUUUCGGUUUUCCGGACGAUUAUUUGCUUAGGAUUGUACCCAAAUACUCCGACAUGUUCCGUGUCGUAAGUUACACGGGGAGACGAAGUUCGAUGGAGAUCGAACUCAUUUCAAGAAACCCAAAUUUCGAAGUUUCUUCAAUCGAGAAAUUAGCUAAGAAAGAGGGGCGCGGGCCCCGCUUCUCAUGUUCGUUGCCUCCCACGUGGAUUAAAUCGUGGGAGAGGUUUCGAGAGUUCGAUGCAAGUCCGUACAUUUCGCCUUAUAAAGAAACGAUCGGGUUGAUUGAAGGAUCGGUCGAAAUGGAUAAACGAAGUAUAGGUUUGGUUCACGAAUUACUAUCUUUGACUUUGUGGAAGAAAGCAUCUAUUCUAAAAUUAGCUCAUUUUAGAAGGGAAUUUUGUCUCCCGGAUAAACUGAACGUAUUGUUGCUCAAGCAUCCGGGUAUAUUCUAUGUUUCGAACAGGUAUCAAAUAUAUACGGUUCUACUUAGGGAAGGGUAUAACGGGUCGGAAUUAAUUGAAAAAGAUCCGUUAGUUGUUGUGAAGGAGAAGUUUGGGGAGUUGAUGCAAGAGGGUCUACAUGAGUAUAAUCGGCGGCAUUAUUUAAUGAAUUUAGAAAAGAAAAGAAAGAAAGGCGAUUUAACGAUUAGAACAGAGACAAGGAAGAGAGAUAGUAAUGAAGAAUUAUGUGAACGAGACGAUGAUCAAGAAGGAGGUGGUCUAGGUGGCAUAUUCGAUGCCGAAGAAAGAAAACGGUUUUACAAAGUUCUAUUUGAUGAUGAUUCGAAAUAAAUUUUGAUUUUUGAUUGCAGUGAGCUGCAGCCAAACAGGACAUGUACAGGAACGCGAACUGAAUCUAGUUUGGGUUGAAUUCUAAGUGAUCCAUUUCUUCGUCGCCUUAUUUCUAGUGAAAUUCGCAAGUACCAGAUGAGUACUUAGCUCCUGAUCAGGAAAUUGCCGGCUUAUUCGUGAAAUUGCCCAAGACUUCAAGACUGAUCUACGUUUCCAGAGUCACGCUAGCGUGUGACCAUCAUGCCUAAAGACAUUAAGUUGAUUCGUAGGAUCAGAGGCGAGCGUGCUUAAAUAUGAGCAUGGUGAUCUUUUUUUUAGUUUGUUGUCUCGUUUUAAGACAGAUAAUCGUAAGUAUAAUACAAUCAAAGUUUUGGUAGUGUAUAGUCUCGUCGUUUUGUUGAUUAGGAUUUCUCGUCGUUUAUGGAUUAUUGCUAUUCUGUGUUUGUUGGAUUUGAAGGAUAAAUGCUAAAACUUGCUAUUUUGUUUGU